AUGCUCGGCGGACCGUGAAGCGUAACCAGCAGAGGAGGGGGACAAAGACGGACAUAGCGGGACAAAAUGAGACAGAUAGAAACCUAAAAAACGCAACAACAAGAAAACAUCGGGAUGCGUGGAUCGGUGUUUAUAAAAGUGGCAGAGCUGCACGCGAAGAGGAUUGACAUGCGUCCCGGAAUCACUGCUGCUGCCGCCGAGCUGUUUCUCUCUUUUGCAGCCACGCGUGGUAAUUUCCCCGAGUCAGAUCCUGACUCCACCAGGAGCACCCAAACCCAACCAAUGCGCAGGUUUGAGGAUCACCUCUAAAUUAUGUGCGGUUGUAACAAACUGAUUACAAAAGAAACUCAUGGAAUACUUGUGUGAACUUCAUUCUGCGGAAUCGAGUGUGUGAAUUGCCCCUGUCCCCUAAUGUGCUGGUGGAGAAAGUGCACGUAACCGAACUAGAACUCCAUCCAAGCAUGAAAUGUUGGUGCAGCGCCCUGGCACUUCUCCCAUGGGUGCUGGUGGCCAUAGACGCUCAGCUUAUCUGCUGGCAGGCGCUGCUGCGGUGCCACGACGAACCCGAGUGCGAUCUCGCGUACGGCCAGUACCUCGCGGCUUGUGAGGGGAACAUCAGGGGGACGAGGAGACAGUGUCCCAGCCACUGCAUCAACGCGCUGAUCAGACUCAAUCACACCCGCAGCGGGCCGGACCUGGAGACCUGCGACUGCGCGCGGGACCUGGAGUGUCUGAGCGCCAAGCGAACCAUAGAGCCGUGCUUGCCCCGCAGGUACCCGAGCGACGCCGGCGGGAUCGGGUGCAUGGAGGCCCGGCAGCGCUGCGAGGAGGACAGCAACUGCCACACCUCCCUCACGGCCUACUUGUCAUACUGCGGCCAGCUGUUCAACGGCAGGAAGUGCUCCUCCAAGUGUAAAGCCACCAUUCAGCAGAUGCUUUUCAUCCCAAAUGGCAUGCUGCUCAACCGCUGUGUUUGCGAUGGGGUCGAGCGGCCUUUCUGUGAAGUGGUCAAGGAGAACAUGAGCAAACUGUGCUCCAUAGGAGACCACAAUGUUAUUUCAGACCAGCCUGAUGUGGAUGACAUGUACGAGGAUGAGGACUAUGACCCUAAAGGUGACAGAGAGGAGGUGUAUACUGACCACUCCUCUGCCCAGAGGUUAUCCAGCUGCAUGGGGCUCCUGUUCCUUCCUCUAGCACGGAUUAUUUACUGAGAUGAUGGGCACUCCAAACACUUGUUGGGUUUAUAAAUGACUGUUCUAAAACAUUCAUUGUGUGGCCAACACAGAACCUGCACCUGGGUCUGCUGGAUGAGGAGCUCCGCCCGCAGCAGGACUCCCUGACACCCCAGUUUAGUUGCAUGGAGGCAGAGAGCACAGUAGUGAUUUGUGUAGGCCUUCCACAACGGUACAAUUCACACAGAAAUUCUCCUUGAUGCACAUCUCCCUCAGGAAUACUGCUCUUUUGAUUUGUGAUUCUCAUGUUGCCACAGGUGGCCUUGUAGUUCUCAGAGUUAACUGCUCAUUAGUAGAAGAGCGACUGCCGUCAGAAACGACACACAUACAUCCAGGUGAUAAUGAGAGGAAAUGAACCAAAACCACACUUGUUUUUUUUCCGGGGCCAUUGCUCUUUUGUAUGUCUUUAAAAGAAGCUCCUGUUUGUUUGGUCUGGUUUCAGUGCCACUUGGAGUGUGUGGCUUUAUUAAGACCUUGGGCAAACAUUGGACUCUUACAGUCUGUUUGCUCUGCUCUCCAUUUCAGGGGCCACAUGCAUUGUUGCAGCAAAGGCACACUUCAGAUAUUUGUGGGGAAUGGUCUGAGGACAGGCAAGGGUGUGGGAUCAAGUUCUUAAAUUAACUGAAGCGCCUCUGUAGCACUCUGUCUGGGUCCCCUCCCCUGUUUGAGAUUGUUUUAUUGAACUUUUCCUGAGACCCCCCCCUCUCUGCUGCCUGCCCCCUCUCACGCCUUUAAAAGACCCCUGUCUUUAUUACUGUUCUCACACUGAAGCUAUAGGGAAACCUGUCGGCUGCUGGUGUGAACGUGUGAACGCGUGAACACAUCACGCCUGAAGUUUGUUCACUCUGCUCAUGACAGGACGUCUGUUAUGUUGAUAUUCGUGUGUGAAUGCAGCUCUAAACGAAUGUGUUUCCAGUGUUUCAGUGAGUUUUCAUAAACUCACUGAACAAAGAGAAGUCAUUUUAUACAUUUAUACAUUAAAGAUGAAGGUCAUGAUGGAAUCUCCCGCAGGAAUAACAACAAUCAGGGAAUGUAGCAGGACGGUCACUAAGUGCUUAAUAAAUAACUUGCACAAAUACAAAUGAAGGUCAGAAGAAUUGAAAUGUGAUUUAGUAGGGUUUCAAAAUUCCUUUAAAAAACCAAGAAGGCUUUUAUUUUGAAUUUUUACUGUUGCAGACAUUUACAUGUGGAUAUGCUCUGUGUGUCAAACAGGCUAAUGUUACCUGGUCCACAACUUAAGUGCAGGGAUUCAAACCAGCAGCCUUUCCGUCUCGCUGUUUAGCAAAAAAGGGAAAGUAAACAGUGUUUUUUCAUUAGUAUUCAUCACUUCUGUAACAAAGCUGCCCUGCUGUGUCUCUGCCAACGGAACCAGUGUCAAAACUAAUCUUUUUCUGUUUUUGGUUUUAAGUCUUGAACAUUGAUACAUGUUAAAUUAUGAAGCUAGAAUAUGAAGAAUGUGUAUAUACUUCACAAUUAUAUGCAGUUAAAUGAAGCCAGUGCAUGGCCACUGUUACAGCAAAAUGCAUUUAAUACACAACAUACACACAAAUGUAAUGUAGCUCAGAUUUUGUCCACAACGCCUGACAUGAUACAGAUUUUCCAAUUUUUCAUCUCAUCUUGUGGAAACAUAGCAGUAACCAUCUCAGAGCAGUGUCUCUCAUGUGGGAGGGUGAGUUUUAUAAUAAAAUGUUUAUCAGCUAAAGUUGUGUGAUGGUGUGAUUUGAGCUCAGAGAAUGAAAUGAAAGGAAGAAAUGUGAACAA